UUACAGAAGGACUCGUCCACGGAGAGAAAGGAUACACGCCGAAACAGUCUAUUUUCAUCGAAAUCAAGCUGUACAUGGGACAUUUAAAAGCAAUAUUAGCAUUUUAACAUAUCUUAAACAUAUCAUUGAUUUGUAAUCCACAGAGAUGUCUGAUGACUUGGUAAAACAGCUGAGCAGCUAUAGAGCUCAGCUCCAGCAAGUGGAGGCAGCACUUUCCACAGACCCAGAGAAUGAAGAUCUACUCAAGUUGCAGAAAGAUCUGCAGGAGGUGAUUGAACUGACUAAGGACCUGUUGACAUCUCAGCCAGCGGAGGGCGUAGCUAGUGCCAAUAGUUCAGAUGCAGCUCUACCCAAACACUGUUGGAAAGUAGGAGAUAAUUGCAUGGCAGUGUGGAGCCAGGAUGGACAGCUGUAUGAAGCGGAGAUUGAGGAGAUAGACGGCGAGAAUGGUACGGCUGCCAUCACCUUCACUGGCUAUGGAAAUGCAGAGGUGGUUCCACUGCACGCGCUCAGAGCUGCCGAGCAGGGCAAGGGCACCAAAGAAGAGGGAAGCAAACCCAAGUCCAAGAAGGAGCUGCUAGCAGAGCAGAGGGAAUAUAAGAAGAAGAAGGCACAAAAAAAAGUGCAGAGGAUGAAGGAGCUUGAGCAGGAGAGGGAGGAGCAGAAAUCCAAAUGGCAGCAGUUCAACAAUAAAGCUUACUCCAAGAACAAGAAGGGGCAGGUAAAGCGCAGUAUAUUUGCCUCUCCAGAAAGUGUGAAUGGGAAGGUUGGUGUGGGUACUUGUGGGAUUGCAGAUAAACCCAUGACUCAGUACCAUGACACCUCCAAAUACAACGUGAGGCAUCUGAUGCCACAGUGAACAGGUUGUGCUCAUCUCAACUUCAUGUCCGCCACUCCCACUCAGCAACAGCCAGUGGACUCUUUGACUCUGGACUGGACACUUUAUGGAUUCAGCAGAGUAACCUCAUCUUAGGGCGCACCUCUCGUGUAUUGGAAGUUUUAGUUUAAGAACCAGCCAGUAGGCCACCAGAUGACUAAGAACAAUAAGUUAAGAAUGAUUCACUGCAGCUCCAAUGCCUGUCAGUCCAUUCCAAAAACCCUUCACCAACACUCUUUCCUGCACAUUUCUAUCAGGAGUAAGUCUGAGAAGAUUAACAGUUGUAGUUAUAAUCAAGGUGACUGGACUUGGUGUAUAAUCCUGAAAAUGUUUCACCUCUUUUCUGAGGACAUUUAUUCUUCUGUUGAUCAUAUGUACCCAUGAAGCCUCUCCAAUAUAGAACAUCUUUAGGUUGUACAAAAACUCGAGCCACUUUGAUUUACUACUGCUAGACAAUAGUGUAACCUUGAGAGUAAGCCUAACUAAAUUUAAUCUGGACUCUAGCUAACCAUAAAUCACCACUCUAGAGAAGUACAGUAUUUAGAACCCAGUGGAGCUGUUGUGAGAAAGGUUGGCCUCUUUUAAGUACAACUCUGGCUUUUUGAGCAAAUCAACCUCAUUCAAAAUUUUGGGUAUGCAGUAAGCAUGUCGAGACACUUCUGGAAUUUAGUGGGUCUUUCUGUGAGUAACAUCAUCUGCUGUUGUUUGAUACCAAGCAAAAAUAUUGAACUAAAAUUUACCAAAAAAAAAAGGUGCAUUGCCUAAUUAUUACACACAUGCCUCCAAUAAGUCCAUAGCCAUUUGGAGAAAACUUUGCAACUUGGAUCAUAUGUAUAAAAGCUACACAGUGCAGAUUUAUAGUUAAGUUUCCAUAUCCUGCAGAGGGUGCUGUUGUAGACAGGAAGGUGCUCUUGUGUGGUUGACAUUACCUUAGCACCACUUUACAUGUCCACCCAACUUGGUGUGGACUGUAAUUUAACUCCUCUGAUUGUCUCUAUAACUUUAUAUUUCUGGGAGAUUUUACUUUGUUUUAUUAGGGUGGAUUGAAAAGUAUGUUAAAUUCAUUUGAAUUCUGUUAGAAAUGAUUGUAUGAAAUCUUUGCUCUGGGUUUUUCAUAAAAGACCUGAAAGACUGUGUUUAAUGUGUUCUUACUGCAUGUCAAACAAAUAACAAAUUGGUUAUUUGCCAAAAUGUCAGAGUAAUUUAAGUCUAUUUGUGAGCUGUUGGAAUAACAACCCUUCUGCUGCCACUUGUAAUAAUUUUGCUUCAGUUUUGUACAUUUUCAUCUUUACAAAGAAUAAAGGUGUUUUUUUGUUGCUGUUUGUA